UUAGUAACAUAUAAUGUCCACAGAGAAUUCCAACCUAGCAAGAGAUGGAGGGCUAUUUGCAGUACCUGUAGGGAAGCCCCCAAAAGCAAGACAUGUAAAGAGAGGAUCGCUUCCUGAUAUCGCUAGGGUCAAACUAUCAAGACAUGCUAGUCAGAACAGAGUUGGGCUGGGUCAGAACUCGGCUUCUCAGAGCAGACUGGACACUUUUACCAGUAACACCUCAAGCAGAACAAACCUUAAUGUCAAGACCCUCAGUGCCAGUAACCUAGCUGCCCUCUCAGAUACAAACUUGUCAAUUAAACAAGCUCUGCCAGCGAGAAGUUAUGAUGCACCAAAUACAGAUGAAAACUUCACAAAGCGUUUAUUUGAUCAACUUGUGAAGAGGUACUACUACCAGCUAACAGAGGGAUGUGGCAGCUCAGAAUGUCGCAACAAGUUCUGCCGAAGUGCCCCAGCCCGACUGAAAGUGAAACCAGGGUUUGCUGCUGUGUUGAGUAUUGAGCUGGCCUCUAGGAAUAAACCAUAUCUAUGUAGCAACAAUAAAUACCUGGAGAAACCACUACCACCUGAUAUCUUCAAGGUUGAGAAGCAUCAAGUCCGUCCAUUUCUCUAUCACAUGUUCUCAACGUCACCUUUCAAGUCUUUAUUUCAAAAUAAUGAAAAACUGAAUCCAUCCAAUGAAAUGCGGGCAUCAUUCAGUCUAACGCAGACUCUCGAAGGUUGCCUAUCACGAGCCACAUCUAGAGAGAGUGUUAAAACUGAGGGAGGCUCAAACAAGGGAAGUCUCGGAGAUAUUUUCUGUACUCUUAAUCCAGCGAGACUUCUCCGGGAGAAGUCCAAGCAAGCAGUGAAUAGCCGUAGAGGAAGUCUUACAUUAACUAGUUCAACAGAUGAAAGGAGGCAUAGCUUAACUAGUUUAGUAAAAUCACCCGAUACUAGUCCAGAGAGGAAAUCAGGGUUGUAUGAUCGACAAAUCAGCUCAAGCACAGGGAAUCUCAAUGAAUCUGGAGACGAUGAUAUCAUCUCAAGUUUUCCACUCACACCAAAAAAUCUUGGCGCUGAUUUUGAAUCUGCCAACGAUUCUGCAAACAAUUCUGAUAUUUGCUCAAUUGAAUCCAACAACAGCCCACUUGCCAUAUAUGGUUCUAACGAGGAUAUAGCCGACCAAUUGAAUCAGCUAGAAGAGUUUGAAAGACAGUUGUCUUUAGAGAUGAACGGAGCUCAAGAAUUUUCUCUGACCCAUCUCAACAUCCCGAUGUUACAGAGUGCCAAAGAAAAGUGUCUUGACACGGGAGACCACUCAUUCCUUAUAAACACAAUCCGUACAGUAUUUACAUCAUCUGAAGCUCUGAACAAUAGCUUUAAGAUUGAUGAAGAGAAGUGUAGCGGGCCUGACAAUCUUGACAUAGAUGCAGUUAGAGUGGCAUAUGAGCUUAUCAUGACAGAGAGACCAUUUGAUGUCUUUCACUCCACAUUGACCAACUCAACCGAGAUAAUCCUCUCCACACUUGCCAGGAUACAUGUGUUCCCAACUGAUGUCAAUCAGAUUGUCAUAAUACUUGAAAAUCCAAUAUUCCGCAAAAGACGCAACCAUGUCCUACGUCAAAAAUUAUGCACCAUCUUGAGUGGUUUGACACCAGAAACAAAGAUGGCACUUUGUCAAAUUCUUUCCACAUACAAUUCUAGUCACUUUGAAUACCGGAUGGGCAUGCUGAGGGACCAUUUGGCAUUACAACUGAAGCCAACACAGAAGGCAGAUAGUGCUACCUUGGAGACUGCAGCAGCACUAGAGCUUUUCUAUGAAGCUAACAUGAUGGCUCAUAGGCGGCACAAAUCUUAUAUAGUUCCACCUAAACUAUUUUAUGUAGAUUAUAUAUCAAAACGUAUCAAUAACAGGAUGGAGUAUGAAGCUUGGAGUAUGCAGCAAACCCAUGCCACGUCAUCAAGCCUGAAAACUCUGCUGGAUUACCCCUUCCUCAUAGACCCUGCAUCCAAGGUACACAUUCUACAUCUAAAUGCUGUAAGAGAGAUGACAGGCGAAUACCAGAAAGCUAUACUACAUCAAGCUCGAGUCAGUCAGAUUCAAAAGUACCACAGAGAGAUGAACAAAUCUCCGCUAAAACUUCCCAACUCUGUAAGAGCGGCUAUGUCCCCGUUCUUGGUACUAGAAGUAUCUAGAGAGAAUCUCAUCAAGGACACACUCGCUCAAAUAAAACUGAAGGAAGCGGAUUUGAAAAAGCCGAUCAAGAUUAAAUAUAUAGGAGGUGGAGAGCAGGGCCUUGACAUGGGUGGUGUUCAGAAAGAGUUCUUCCAACUGUUAACCGCAUCAAUAUUCGACCCAAAGUAUGGUAUGUUCACCUACUCUUCAGAUACAAGGAAUCUAUGGAUAAAUGGUAACUCUCUCGAUUCAACAGAGGAAUUUGAGCUGGUAGGAAUAAUAUUGGGCCUAGCUAUUUACAACGGGAUCAUUCUUGAUAUACGGUUUCCAAAUGUUAUAUACAAGAAACUUCAAGGCGUGGCUUUAGAUGCGAGUGACCUUCAAGAUGUGGAGCCAACCUUGAGUUCAUCAUUUAAUGACCUCUUGACCUUUGAGGGAGAUGUAGAGGAUGUGUUUUGUCAAUCAUUUGAGGUUACAACAUCGGUGUUUGGGUCAACUUGUAGCAAAGAGCUUAUCCCAGGGGGCGCUGAUAUCCCAGUCACCAAUCAAAAUCGAGAGAAAUUUGUACGCAUAUACUCUCAGUACAUCCUUGAAGAGAGCAUAUCUCACCAAUUUGAGCCUUUCAGUCGAGGUUUCCACAAGGUGUGUGGCAGUGAAAUGUUAAGUUUAUUCCGUCCAGAUGAGAUUGAACUGUUGGUAUGUGGGAAUCCAAAAUUGAACUUUAGUGCCUUAGAAAAAUCUGCAAGUUAUGCUGAUGGCUACCAUAGCGACCACCUGAUCAUCAAAAACUUCUGGUCAAUAGUACAUUCCAUGAGUUUGGAGAAGAAGCGUAAAUUAUUGCAUUUUAUCACUGGGAGCGACAGGGUACCCUUAAAGGGACUGUCCCAUCUUCCAAUAGUCAUACAGAAAAAUGGAGUGGACUCUGACAGGUUGCCGACUGCAAUGACAUGCUUCAACAGACUGCUGCUGCCCCCUUACAACACCAAGGAGAAGCUCAAAAAUCGUCUUUUGGUCGCGAUAGAGAACUGUCAAGGAUUUGGAUUAACCUGAUGCUUAGAAAAUGUUGCUAGAAACACAAAUUGAUAUCCAAAUAUAAAAAAUGUCAGGGCCAUCUUUGUAACAUUCAAAACAAAUUAGGGAAGUUAACAUGGUAGUCUUGUAUUAAAUCUUUGUACAACCCCUCUACCGCCUAAAAUAAAUUGAUUUUCAACUAUCAGGUAUGAGAUACAAUGAUAUUAUGUGUCAAGUAUGGUGGUCCAAAAGAGCCCAGUUUCUUCUCAUUUUGAGAUGAUUAUCUCAACUUACGAGUAUAUUUCAUCAUUUUUGGAGUCGUCAUACUUGCCAAAGCAUGUUGCGAAUGAAAAAAAAAAAUUUGAUGAUUACCA